UAGCCUGCCGUUGAGGUUGUGGGCGAGCCUGUGGUGGUGUCUGGCCUUGUCUCCUGCUAUCUCACUCUGCUCCCGGCCCGACCAGGAGACAACGCCAGCCCACGGCCACGCACGCAUGCGCGGCGGCGGCGGCGGCGGCGGCGGCAGCGGCAGGAGCAGUACCUACCUAGCCACACCCCCUCCCUCCCUCCCUCCAUCUUGGGUGGCCGUGGGUGCCAUCAUCAUCACCACCCGCCGCCCAGUCUGCCGUCGACCUUCCUCUGACCCGUCUGACUGGCCCCUGGCCGCCCUGUCCGUUUUGCUUUUACACUCACGAACCGACUCGCUGGCCCGGAGGCCUGCUGCUGUCCUGCUGUCCUGCCCUGCUCUGCUGCACGCACUGCGGCACGGUACGAAUACGGCACACCAGCUGCCCGGCCAGCGCGACCUCCCGCCCUCAGCUGCCGCAUCCCGGGCGCUAAAGCCUGUUUCUUGUGUUUCUUCUCCGCCCACGUAG